ACCUUUUGGGCGCACUGAAAUGACGUCGGCGUCCCCCUACGUAAACGCAACGACUGUUAGCGGCCAGCUGGUUUUUAUCAAAUCAAGCGCCGUAAUUUUUUGGUACUCAUACCUUCUUCCGCCGGCAUGAAACUCGUAAGGUUUUUGAUGAAACUGAGCCAUGAGACGGUAACGAUCGAAUUGAAGAACGGUACCCAGGUCCAUGGCACUAUCACAGGUGUAGAUGUCAGCAUGAACACACACUUGAAGGCGGUGAAGAUGACGCUGAAGAAUCGCGAGCCGGCUCAGCUGGAGUCGCUGAGCAUUCGUGGCAACAACAUCCGCUACUUCAUCUUGCCCGACAGCCUGCCGCUCGACACGCUCCUUGUGGACAUUGAGCCCAAGAUCAAGUCAAAGAAGCGGGAAGCUGUGGCUGGACGAGGACGGGGCAGAGGUCGAGGGCGCGGCAGAGGACGGGGACGAGGCCGGGGGGGUCCAAGGAGAUGAUCAGCUCCUCCUCAAAAGUGCUCGUCGCCUGUUUUUCCACAUUCACUGUACAGGAUUCUUCUUUUUCUAUGAUUUUUUUUGCCUACCUUAUUUUGUACACAGUUCUUUUGAUGCCUCAUUACCACUG